GGAGGGAGCGGUGGGUCCGGGCCGCCGCCAUCGCGCUCGGGGCUCCGCCGCGGGCCGCCUGCAGCGCCCUCCGUGCUCCUCGUGCCUCCGGCCGGCCGGGCCGGCAGCCUCUGCCCCGGCGCGAUGUGCGGGGGGAUGGCGGCCAAGGGUCCCGGCGGGCCGCGGUGGUGGCAGAACCGGCGGGCGCGGCUGCUGUGCAUGCUGGCGCUCACCUUCCUGUUCUUCGUGGUGGAGGUGGUGGUGAGCAGGGUCACGUCGUCGCUGGCCAUGCUCUCCGACUCCUUCCACAUGCUCUCCGAUGUCAUGGCUCUGGUCGUGGCGCUGGUGGCCGUGCGCUUCGCUCAGUGCACCCGCGCCACCAAGAAGAACACCUUCGGGUGGGUGCGGGCUGAGGUGAUGGGUGCCCUCGUCAACGCCGUCUUCCUCACCGCGCUGUGCUUCACCAUCCUGCUGGAGGCCAUCGAGCGCUUCACCGAGCCCCACGAGAUCCAGCAGCCGCUGGUGGUCAUCGGCGUCGGGGUGGCGGGGCUCAUCAUCAACUUACUGGGGCUCUGCCUCUUCAACCACCACGGCGUGGGGGGCCACGGCCAUUCCCACGGCCACGGGCACUCGCACGGCAGCAGGCAGCACUCCCGCAGCGGCUCCAAGCCCGAGCAGCCCCCCGCGGAUGGGGAGGCUGCGCUGCACCGGGAGGAGACCAGCACCUUAGUGGAGAACUGCAGCAGCUCCAACGGAGUCAGCCAGGACAAGCUAGGUGAUACAAAAGACGACGUGACUGACCUACAGGUGAAUGGCAAUGCUGGUCAUUACACUCUGGAUGAAGAGGAGGUUGAAGAAGACUCCAGUGCACAGCUUAACAUGCGUGGAGUUUUUCUGCAUGUUUUUGGAGAUGCCCUAGGUUCAGUAAUCGUGGUAGUGAAUGCCUUGCUCUUCUAUGGAUUGUGGAAUCCAUGCCCCAAAGAUGGGCCCUGCUUUAAUCCAUGUGUCAAUAAUCAUUGCAUGGAAAAUGCUACUUUAUCCCAAACACUGGGCAGAGCAAACACGUCUGAGCAAGAGAGCAUUACGGUGGCUGGUCCGUGCUGGUUGCUAUAUUUAGAUCCUGUCCUUUGUUUGAUAAUGGUUUGUAUACUCCUUUACACAACCUACCCGCUACUUAGGGAGUCAGCCCUUAUACUCCUACAGACUGUUCCCAAACAAAUAGAUGUUCAUUCUUUGAACUCAAAAUUACGUACCCUUGAAGGAGUUGAAGCAGUCCAUGAAUUACACAUCUGGCAGCUGGCAGGCAGCAGGAUCAUUGGCACUGCUCACAUCAAGUGUCCUGACCCUUCCACGUACAUGAUGGUGGCAAAGCGCAUAAAGGAGAUCUUCCAUGACGAGGGGAUUCAUGCGACUACCAUUCAGCCUGAGUUUGCCAGUGUUGGCUCUGAAUCAGGGAGAGGGAAAUGUGAGUUUCCUUGCAGGACUCAGUGUGCUCUGAAGCAGUGCUGUGGAACAGGAGAAGAUAUUACUGCAAAGAAGACAGAAAAAUCCUCGUCACUUAGUAUUUCUUGUUCAGAAGUUGUCAUUGAAUUUCCAAAAACUAGGAGGACUAAACCGGAGAGCAUCCCUUCAGUUAAGCUAGAGGCAAACACCGACCAAAAUGAGCAGUUUGAAUCAUCUUUGUAACUCUGAGUGGUGCUACCUGAGUUCUGGGGGACUUUGACAACAGCUCUGUUGCAGGAGGAAGGGACAGACCUUUGAGAUGCAACAUUGCCAAGUAGUGUAAUUGCUGAAGUCCUUGUUCUUGUCAUACUGCUAAAUCUAGAAUGCUUGUUUUAAAGACCAUAACGUCACUGUCAUGAUGCAAUGUGGUUGUGUUGACCUUGUACUGAGACAGACAGAAAGUGCACCGAUGCUGUAACAACUUCAGAAAACCAGUUUCAACAUUUCAGCAGAGACACUUUUUGCUGUGCUUCAAACUGAAAUACUUCCUUUUCUUCCCAGUGCAAAGGUAUUUGAGGGAUAAGCACGUAGGAACUUGGUUUGUGUUACGGAUUUCUUGGACCUACUCUUCCCUUUAAUAUUUGAUUUGUAGAUAUUUUAAUAUAUUGUUUAUUUAGAAGCCCUAAGGAAAACCAAAGUUCAUAGAGUGUUUUUAAAGAGAUAACUACUUAAAACUGGAAACCACUUUGCAGUUUCACGUAUUUUUCUUAAACCUAUAUAAUAAUAAAUGUGAAGGCUUUUUCUAAUGGAUUUAUCCUAUAGCGUAUUUUAAAGAGAACAUCGUGUGAUUGUUAGAAACUAUCCCCACUUCUGGUAAGGUAGUGAGGUGAUUAAAAUCAACUGCCUGUGAAAAGAUGAGGUGUGAAAGGGGUGUUUUCAGUCAGCAUGGAAGUUCAAGCUACUGUAUACUGCUCUGUGAUCAGGAUGUGAGACUGACCCAUAGAUUAAUGCAUCCUCUUAUAUUUGAUGGAUUUUUCUGGUGUUUUUCCUGAUUUCCAAGUUGUGUGUGGUCAUAAAAGUCUUUGAAGUUUAAUGAAUCCUUGACUCACAGUGAUAUGAAUGAAGAAGCUGGAGCUUCAUUUUCACUUGAUGCUCAGUUGACUAAGACAAAAGAAUUGGCUAUGUCAAGAAGUGCUCUGUUGGGGAAUGUCUGCCAAGCACCAACAGCCUGAUCUUUGUGCUUUUGAGGAUAGACAGUUGCCUCCGUAACAACUAAUUCAGUGAUGCAUUUUGCUUGUAACUGAGUGUGUCUGUAAGCACCUGCAGUGACAGCAAUCCUGGUCCCUCCCCUGUGUCCCUGGGAGCCUUGUGCAGGCUUUUGAGGAAGUGGGGUCGGGAGCAGGAUUUCAUUGCUGUAUUUCAGACUUUGGGAUAUUUAUGUAUCACAUAGUUUCACUUAAGCAGCCGAAUCUAUGGUUUAAAAUGUUAACUUGGUUAACUGACAACUGGCUCUAAAGAAGCUGUUACAGUAUGCUGCCGACUUACACCUUAACAAAGGAGAAGCUGAUCGAUGGACUCUGUGAACUUGGCAGAGACUGGAUGAGAGUUGAAGAUAAAACGCACGAGAGAUCUAAGUAAAACCCUGACCCUUUCGAUCCACCCUCAAGUUAUGUAUGGGAUAUAAUAUCUUGUGAUUUAAUUGACUGCUCCUAUGCUUGAAACUGGAAAACAUCUUGGAUCUUCCAUUGGUUACUCUAUGCUCCUGGACAUGGUAAACACUCUGCCUCAGUUUCCCCAUCUUCAGAUGGGGAUAAUACCUACCUCACAGGGGUGUUGUGAGGCUUAACUCUUGUGCGAAGAGGUCUGAGAUGUGUUACUGGAAGGCACUGAAAGGAGUUUAAGAUAUUAAAUUACAUGGUAUUUACUACUUCUACACAUGUAUUGCAGUACCUAGGCACAACAGAGGGAACUGAGGAUCGUUUUGGCCUUAUGAAAUUCUUUGAUGCUGUGGUUUUCAGGUUUUUAACAGUAUUUAAAUGUAGAUUUUUUAAAGAAAAGAAUGUUUUGUUAGUGAAGGGAAUGUGGCUUUGCCUCUGGAUACAGGACACCUUCUACUUGGCAUUUCUAAUAUGAGUUUCCUAUGGUAAUUGCUCCUAAGUGGUUCAGAAUAGUCUGCUGCUCUCAGGCCUGGCCCAGGUCAUGUCAGUGGUCUUACCCAACUUCUCAGCAGAGCAUUGCAGUCAACUCUCGAUUAUCCAUGGGUGCAUUACCAGUGUUGUACAUUAACUGUGUGGGCUACAAGGCCAGACUGGCUCUGUAUCGCAUGCCAGUGCGUUGGCCUGAUGCCCGGUGCCAAAACAUUGGGAAAGUGGAGGAGCUCAGUCCAGUUUCACACCAGUUCCCUCUCACAGGGGUUGUUAGCUUGGGUGCAGUUAUUCUGCCUCUUGGCUGCUCAGAUGCAUCCACAGGAAGCUGCGGUGUGUGGAUGGGUCGGUUCAGCUUUGUGCUAGCCUGGGGAUGUUGGUCCAUUGCAGCCAUCAGCAUCUCUUGCCUUUUUCUGUGUUUAUGCUUAUUGUAUAGUCUCAUGAACUAACUUAAAUGUGUUAAUAUAGUAUUUAUAUAUGGUUUUUUUGGUCUGAAUUACCUUCUUUCUUCUGUUACCUGUACAUGAUCUAGAGUUGACUGUUAAAUGAGAUCUUAUAUAAGGCUACGUUUGCAGAGUAUGCUACAACUGCGAGUAUGCUACAAAGUAUUAACCAAGUAAAUUUUGAAAUUAACAAAUACCUUUUUUUUAAGAAAAAUAUGUAUCUUUGCUUUUUAUGGUAAAUUUUCACUAUUAUUUUGCUCACUAGUUUAAUAUUGGUCACAGUCAUUAGCAUGAAUUCUUGAGGCCCUGGCUGGAUAUCACUGAUGCGCCCUAGAACUACUGCUCUUUAGUGUAUUAAAACCCCAAGCACCAAGACAAACCAUAGUAGCACUGAGAAGCCUGACUUCCUUCUCUCCUGUUGCUCUUACAGAAACUGAGCAGGUAUUGAGUGUUGAGAGUUGGCACCAUUUGUUAACAGUAAGUCAAUGCAUCUGAAUAGAUGGAGUUGUAGUCGCUCCUUCCAUUGUAACUUUUAAAGCUUUUUUUGGUGUCAGAAGUCAUAUUUUUCUAUUCUGUGUCCAUUGCAGGCAAUGGCUAGCUUAAAAGACAAAAAGCUCUCCUCCUACCCCCAUUAUGUUUAUUAUCAAACCAGGAUACAGAUGUGAUGAUGAUGGUGGGGGCAAAAGGGGACUUGCAUGGCCUCUCUGUCCUGUGCCACAUUGCCUGUGCAGCACCAGCUGGUGUUAACGGGGCCCUUUAGUCUCUUUAGCCCUCGAUGGUAAAUUCCCUGUACAGCGGCAGAAACACAACUGUUGUGUUGGUUCCAUCUGUGUGAGACCCGACUGUACCCUGCUAGCUUGCAAUAGAGUUUGAUUUUUCUCUUUAACCUUAUCUUUGUGUGGAUUCACAGACUUGAUUUGCUCUGAAGAUCACAGGUCCGGAAUACUGGGAGCAUUCAAAAGCACUGCACAGUCUUUUCCUCCUUCUUAUUCCCCCCACAAGCCAUGAACCUGGUGAACCUCCUGUAAGCGAGCACUGCAGUGGUGGGGAGCUCAUUGUAUUGUGUAUCACAUUCCUGAAUUUUUUAAAUAAAAGAAUAUGGAACACUGA